AUGGAGAACAAGGAAACAUUUGCCUUCAACGCUGAUAUUCAGCAGUUGAUGAGCUUGAUCAUCAACACGUUUUACAGCAACAAGGAGAUUUUCCUGCGUGAGUUGAUCUCGAACGCGUCCGACGCUCUGGACAAGAUCCGCUAUGAAGCAAUUACGGACCCGGAGAAGCUGAAGACGAAGCCGGAGCUGUUCAUCCGGCUGAUCCCGGACAAGGCCAACAACACGCUGACCAUCGAAGACAGCGGCAUUGGCAUGACGAAGGCAGAGCUGGUGAACAACUUGGGAACAAUCGCCCGCUCGGGCACGAAGGCCUUCAUGGAGGCCCUGCAGGCCGGCGGGGACAUCUCCAUGAUUGGCCAGUUCGGCGUGGGUUUCUACUCCGCCUACCUGGUGGCGGACAGCGUGACAGUGGUGUCGAAGCACAACGACGACGAGCAGUACGUGUGGGAGUCCGCGGCCGGGGGCUCCUUCACUGUGCAAAAAGACGACAAGUACGAGCCUUUGGGCCGCGGGACCCGCAUCAUUCUGCACCUGAAGGAGGACCAGGGCGAGUACCUCGAGGAGCGGAGGCUGAAGGACUUGGUGAAAAAACACUCCGAGUUCAUCUCCUUCCCCAUCGAGCUGGCUGUGGAGAAGACCCACGAGCGCGAAGUGACGGAGUCCGAGGACGAGGAGGAGAAGAAGGCCGACGAGAAGGCCGAGGAGAAGGAGGGCGAGGAGAAGAAGGAGGGCGAGGAGAAGAAGGAGGGCGAGGAGGAAAAGAAGGAGAAGACCAAGAAGACCAAGAAGGUCAAGGAGGUCACCCGCGAGUGGGAACAGCUCAACAAGCAGAAGCCCCUCUGGAUGCGCAAGCCCGAGGAAGUCACUGAAGAGGAAUACGCCUCUUUCUACAAGUCCCUUUCGAAUGACUGGGAAGAACACUUGGCUGUCAAGCACUUCAGCGUCGAGGGCCAGCUCGAGUUCAAGGCCCUCCUCUUCGUCCCCAAGAGGGCCCCCUUCGACCUCUUCGAAACUCGCAAGAAACGCAACAACAUCAAACUCUACGUGCGCCGCGUCUUCAUCAUGGACGACUGCGAAGACAUCAUCCCGGAGUGGCUGAACUUCGUGAAGGGCGUUGUCGACUCUGAGGACUUGCCCCUCAACAUCUCCAGGGAGAGCCUCCAGCAGAACAAGAUCCUCAAGGUCAUCCGCAAGAACCUCGUCAAGAAGUGCCUCGAGAUGUUCGCGGAAAUCGAAGAGAAGAAGGAAAACUACGCCAAGUUCUACGAGCAGUUCUCCAAGAACCUCAAGCUCGGUAUCCACGAAGACAGCGCCAACCGCGCCAAGAUCGCUGAGCUGCUGCGCUUCCACAGCAGCAAGUCUGGCGAGGACAUGGUGUCUUUCAAGGAGUACGUGGACCGCAUGAAGGAAGGCCAGAAGGACAUCUACUACAUCACUGGCGAGUCUCGCCAGACUGUGGCGAACUCUCCGUUCCUGGAGAAGCUGACGAAGAAGGGCUACGAGGUGCUGUACAUGACAGACCCCAUUGACGAGUACGCAGUGCAGCAGCUGAAGGAGUUCGACAACCACAAGCUGCGCUGCUGCACGAAGGAGGGCCUUGAGAUUGACGAGUCUGAGGAGGAGAAGAAGAAGUUCGAAGAGCUGAAGGCCGAGUUCGAGCCGCUGCUGAAACUCAUCAAGGAGGUGCUGCACGACAAAGUCGACAAGGUGGUCCUCUCCAACAGAAUCACCGACUCCCCCUGCGUGCUGGUGACCACUGAGUUCGGCUGGUCCGCCAACAUGGAGCGGAUCAUGAAGGCUCAGGCGCUGCGGGACAACAGCAUGACCAGCUACAUGGUCAGCAAGAAGACCAUGGAGGUGAACGGCCACCACAGCAUCAUGAUUGAGAUUAAGAACAAGGCUGCUGUCGACAAGUCCGACAAGACUGUGAAGGAUCUCAUCUGGCUGCUGUACGACACGGCCCUCCUCACCUCCGGCUUCAGCCUCGAGGAACCCACCCAGUUCGCUGCGCGCAUCCACCGCAUGAUCAAGUUGGGUCUUUCCAUCGAUGAUGAUGAAGAGGCAAAGGAUGAUGACCUUCCCCCUCUGGAGGAGGUUGAGGGCGCUGCCGACGAGGCCUCCAAGAUGGAGGAAGUCGACUAA